CGACAGGGAACACCAAGAUUUCCUCCUGCGACUAUUCGACCUCCUCUUUUCUUGUUUACUUUCCCUCUUCUCUGCAACACCCAGCCAUUAUCCAUCAUGGCUCCCUCAAGACUGCCCCAGAAAAGGAUUCUCGGUGAUACCACCAAUACUCGAAGAAAUAUUCCCUCGUCUCCUUCAUCAGCCAAAAAGCGCAAGCUCGAACCAGUCGAACCCGCCUCAUCGCCCGCUGCCAGAUUCAAGAGCUCCCAGAAUGGGCCGAAAGGUAAAUUGGGCUCCAGUCAGCCCAGUCACUUCGAGUCGGAGGUGUUGGAGAAGAUGACACAGGAUAUGGCCGGGUUGAGGAAGAACAAUUCGGAGAAGGACCAGCAUUGGCCACGACCGAGCCUGAAUGAUUUCAAGGCGAGCAAAGACAACCUCAUAUUUCAGCAGAUAGAGUGCGAAGAAGGGACUUUGCACGGAGGCAAUGCAACAGUCAAGUUGUUCGGUGUUACAGAGACUGGCCACUCUGCCAUGCUUCACGUUACAGACUUCCUCCACUACCUCUAUGUUGCUGCUCCGGUAAACUUCACGCAGCGCGAGUGCGAAGGAUUCAAGACAUUUUUAGACGCGCAGCUGGCCACGCAUCAACCAGCAAUCCAUUCUGUGCAGAUUGUCCUUCGAGAGAACCUCUAUGGGUUCCAAGGAAACCAGCAGAACCCAUACAUUAAAAUUACAGUCAACGACCCCAAAUUUAUCAACAAGGUCAGAAGUGUGAUUGAGGCAGGAACGGCGAACUACAAAGGGAUGUGGAAAGGGUCUGGCGAUGGCGGAAUCUUAACAUUUGAUAGUAUUGCAUACGUUCUAAGAUUUAUGAUUGACUGCAAGAUAUCCGGCAUGUCGUGGGUCGAGGUACCGGCAGGGAAUUACACAAUGAUUCCAGAAAACGAGCGGCAUUCGAAUUGCCAAAUAGAAGCAUGGGUAUCAUUCCGCGAUCUGAUUGCACAUAAGCCAGAAGGAGAAUGGGCGAAAAUGGCACCCUUACGAAUCCUGUCCUUCGAUAUUGAGUGUGCUGGUCGUAAGGGUAUCUUCCCUGAAGCAAACCAAGAUCCAGUCAUUCAAAUCGCAAACGUCGUGACCCGGUACGGAGAGAAGAAGCCGUUCGUUCGAAAUGUAUUCUGUCUGGACAAAACUAGCUCAAUUGUUAACACACAACUUCUCGAGUUUGAUCGGGAGGAACAAAUGCUAUCGAAGUGGAGUGAUUUCCUAGAUGUGGUUGAUCCGGAUAUCAUCAUUGGUUACAAUAUCUGCAAUUUUGAUUUUCCAUAUCUUCUGGACAGGGCAAGACAUUUGAAGAUUCGAGAUUUCGAUGCAUGGACUCGUUUGAAGGGUGUCAGGUCUGUAUCCAAGGAUACGAACUUCUCCAGUAAGCAGAUGGGGAAUCGGGACACAAAGGCAACAAAUACGAAUGGUCGACUACAACUAGAUUUACUACAACUUGUUCAAAGGGAUCACCAACUUCGAAGUUACACUUUGAACUCCGUGUGUGCCCAAUUCCUGGGAGAGCAGAAGGAAGAUGUGCAUCAUACCAUGAUCACUGAGCUUUUCAACGGGACGCCAGAAUCUCGACGGCGUCUGGCUGUAUAUUGCUUGAAGGACGCAUUCCUCCCACAACGUUUGAUGGACAAGUUAUCAUGUCUCGAAAACUACACUGAGAUGGCAAGAGUCACUGGUGUUCCGUUCAACUAUCUUCUCUCGCGUGGUCAGCAAGUCAAGUUCGUAAGUCAGUUGUUCCGCAAAGCACUGGAACAGAAACUAGUCAUUCCCAACUUAAGGACCGAUGCCACUGAUGAGCAGUACGAAGGAGCAACCGUUAUCGAACCUACACGGGGAUAUUACGAUGUUCCCAUCGCCACGCUUGAUUUUGCUUCUCUGUAUCCUUCCAUCAUCCAGGCACACAACCUCUGCUACACGACACUGCUCAACAAGAAUGUCAUCGAGAAGUUGAACUUGGUCAAGGACGAAGACUAUAUUGUCACUCCCAAUGGCGACAUGUUCUGUACUCUCAAGCAGCGCAAGGGAUUGCUGGCACAAAUUCUGGAAGAAUUGCUCACUGCCAGAAAACAGGCGAAGCGAGAACUUGCAGUUGAAACAGACCCUUUCAAGAAGGCUGUACUGAAUGGUCGACAAUUGGCUUUGAAAAUUAGCGCCAACAGUGUUUACGGUCUUACAGGAGCAACAGUCGGAAAACUUCCAUGUCUUGCCAUUGCCAGUAGUACAACCAGUUACGGUCGUCAGAUGAUUGAGAAAACGAAGGAAGAAGUCGAGCAGAAGUACACCAUUGCCAAUGGCUACAGUCAUGAUGCUCAAGUCAUCUAUGGUGACACUGAUUCGGUCAUGGUCAAGUUUGGGUGCAAGGAUCUUCCAACGGCAAUGAAGUUGGGAGAAGAAGCAGCGGCUUAUGUUUCGUCCAAGUUCAUCAAGCCAAUCAAGCUUGAGUUCGAGAAGGUCUAUUUCCCAUAUCUCCUGAUCAACAAGAAACGUUAUGCUGGUUUGUACUGGACGAACCCGGACAAAUAUGAUAAGAUGGAUACCAAGGGUAUCGAGACGGUCCGAAGAGACAAUUGUCGGUUGGUUCAGAAUGUCAUCGAGACGGUUCUGAGGAUGAUCUUGAUUGAUCGAGACGUGCAAGGCGCGCAAGAUUAUGUCAAGGACACCAUCUCGGAUCUUUUGCAAAACAAAAUCGACAUGUCUAAACUCGUCAUCACCAAAGCCCUUGCAAAGGCUGACUACACAGCUAAACAAGCUCACGUCGAACUCGCAGAGCGAAUGAAGAAGCGUGAUGCUGGAUCAGCACCAACCCUCGGUGACCGAGUCGCGUACGUGAUCAUCAAAGGCUCAGCUGGAGCCAAAAAUUUCGAGCGUUCAGAAGAUCCCAUCUUCGUUUUGGAGAACAACAUUCCUAUCGACACCAAGUACUACCUUGACAACCAGCUCGCCAAACCACUGGGCCGUAUCUUCGAGCCUAUCCUUGGCGAGACGAAAGCCAACAGUUUGCUAGCAGGAGACCACACGCGUUCCAUCUCUGUCGCUGCGCCGUCCAUCGGUGGACUCAUGAAAUUUGCCAAGAAGACAUUCACAUGUAUGGGAUGCAAGAAGCCACUUGUAGGAAAGGAGGAGUCAGGCGGAGCGGUAUGCUCGAAUUGCGCACCCCGUGUUGGUGAGCUGUAUCAAAAGACACUCAACAAAGUCAGUGACCUGGAAGUUAGAUUCGGGAGACUAUGGACACAAUGUCAGCGCUGUCAGGGCAGUAUGCACUGUGAGGUCAUUUGUUCGAGUAAGGAUUGUCCCAUCUUUUAUAUGCGGAUGAAGGCGAAAAAGGACGUGGAGGAUGCAGGAAAGGAGCUGGUUCGGUUCGAUAGAGAUGCUGCUGCUUGGUAGAGAGCUUCUACGGUGAAUGCUGUGCCAUCAUGAGUUCGAAUGGAUUAGGGAGGAGACAUGGAGUUUUGGGACUGGUUUUGUAGGCUACGGGCAUGGCGUUAGGAACAGGUCUGGUUGAAAGUUUUACGAGGACAAGGCCAAUAAUGAGUAUAUCCUCUUACCCAAUUUCAAAUAUAACCACCAUCAAAUUGCAUCCCUCCGGCGUCUACUCAUCAUUCUCAGCGACCACCAGUCCGCCAUAAUCCCUUACCCCUCUCCCCUUCCCGCACCCUUUCAAGUGUGUCACUAGCUAUCCACCAUACCCGCCUCCACACCCAUGGAUGCCAUACACACCCCCCACAAUCCACAUAAUCACAUCAAUCAGAGACCACGUAGAGUAAAUAAACUUCGCCAAAUAAAUUAAGGGACUUUCUGGCUCGUCCCCAGCUGUGUAAGAAAAGACUGUAACCAGGGCCGAUAAGAGCAGAAUCAGGAUCUUGAAUGAGGCGAGAAUCCAGUGGUGUGCAAGCCAUUGGUCGGCGGCGGUGAAGCUGAAGAACAUGGCGAGGAGAGUGGCGAGCCGGAAUUUGUCGGCG